GUGAACACGACAGCUUUGAAAAGUUCUGAGAGAGUGGUAGCAUCUGUUUCAGGCAAAUAUGAAGAUAGACAUCUUACUUUUUGUUCUCCUCGGCCUCCAGGCUAAAAUUCUAGCAGAAAAUUUCAAUGAGUCUGCCCAGCUGAAGUUGAUUGAAUACCGUAACAGAGGCUUAAAAUUGACCUGUCACUAUCCUGAAGAUGCACGGGACUUUAAAAUGCAGUUGCUGAAUGGGACUGGAAAGCAAAAAAUCUGUGAACUCAAAAAGGAUAAUCAAGGUGUUCAAACGACCAAUGACUUGGUGUCUUGUAAGCCCGAGCUUUCCAAGACAAGUGUAAUUUUCUUCUUGUCUGACUUGAACAGCACUCAUACUGGCCAUUACUUCUGUAGUCUACAUAUUACUUUUCCUCCUCCUUACCAGAACAGUACUUCAAAUGGAGUUUAUGUACAUAUCUAUGAAUCAAAGUCUUGCUUCCCUCUGGUCUUAUGGCUAUCUAUUGGAAUUGCAUUUCUCCUCUGUUUUACCGGAAUAUUUGUUGGCACAUUUUCUUACUGUGUAAGAAAAAAGAUGAGCCAAAGUCAAUCUAGUUUGCAUGAAACUAAUAGUGAAUACAUGCCUAUGGCAGCAGUGACUGCAGCUAAAAACCCUGGAUUCAAAGGUAUGAGCACAUAAUCAGAAGCUAGAGUGUCUAUACUGGGAAGCAUGCAAUCAACUCUUUCUACUUGGAAUUCUGUAUUCUUCUCAUUCAACCAGGGACUUUGAAUUCAUUUGGUUAUACUAUACAUGAAUCUCAGUGACUAUAUCUGUCAAUGGCUUUUCAACAGGUUGGGACAGUUGGGCCCAGCUCAGAGCCAGCAUAUAGUUUAUCUACAUUGGCCCCUGAGAAAAAUAAACACAUCCACCUUUGGAAAAAAAGCUCAAAAAAAAAAAAGAAUGAA